AUGCGUCGCCGGAAGCCUAUCGAAGGCUUCAUUCUGUGCGGGAUUUUCUUCUGGACAAUAAUCGCCCAUCUGAUUUCGACAUGCCUCGCCAUCCAGCUCGAGGAGCGGAUGGAGAUCGUGCGCAAAGUGCUGAAGGAAGUGCCUUUAAUCGAUGGACACAACGAUCUACCGUGGAAUAUACGGAAGUUCCUCAAAAACCAAUUACGCGAGUUCCGGUUUGGGGAGGAUCUCCGCGACAUCACACCCUGGUCGACGAGUGCCUGGAGCCAUACGGACUUGCGGCGCUUGAAAGAGGGCAUGGUUUCAGCACAGUUCUGGUCGGCUUAUGCGCCCUGCUCGUCGCAACAUUUGGACGCAGUGCAAUUAACGCUGGAGCAGAUCGAUCUCAUACGACGGCUAGUCAAUCUCUACCCGCAGCACAUGGCCCUGGUCACAACGGCCGAUGGCAUCGAGGAAAGCCAUCGAUCGGGCAAACUGGCGAGUUUGAUCGGUAUCGAGGGAGGCCAUUCGAUUGGCACCAGUCUCGGAGUGCUGCGGACCUUCUACCAGCUAGGUGCUCGCUACCUCACACUCACGCACACAUGCAACACCCCGUGGGCGGACUGCUGCAAAGUUGAUGAGCCAGGCCGGGUGCCUCAUAUCGGCGGGUUGUCCCAUUUCGGUACGCUCGUCGUCACCGAGAUGAACCGGCUCGGGAUGAUCGUGGACCUGUCGCACGUGUCCGUGCCGACGAUGUUGGACGCGCUGGCCACCUCAAAGGCUCCCGUCAUCUUUUCGCACUCGUCUGCUCACGCCAUCUGCAACAGCUCACGCAACGUGCCCGACCACGUGCUCAAGCGGAUCGCCGUUAACGGGGGGCUCGUCAUGGUUGCAUUCUAUCCCCAUUUUGUGAGCUGCGGCGAAAAGGCCACCCUUAAGGAUGUCGUGGCUCACAUCAACCACAUCCGAGAUGUGGCAGGAGUCGAUCACGUUGGCAUUGGCGCUGGAUAUGACGGAGUGAAUUUGGUGCCCCAAGGACUCGAGGAUGUCUCCAGGUAUCCCUACCUGUUCGCAGAACUGCUAGAAUCAGAACGGUGGACCGAGGAAGACAUAGCAAAGCUAGCCGGUCGGAAUCUCAUACGAGUGUUCCGGCAAGUCGAACAGGUACGGGACCAACUGGAAGCCCAGGGAAUGCUGCCCAUCGACCAAUCGAUACCACCGGAGGAUAUUCUUGGCCGCUCGUAUUGCCGCUACUCGGGACCACGGACGUGA